CCCUCGGCAGUAUUACCAGCCGUGGUUACUCGGAGGAGAGGAGCGAGGCAUGCAGCAGCCACUCACUCAUUUUGUCAAUUGUUUUUCCCUCUAGCUGACUACCCGACACUGCGAGGACUUGUAUUAUACUUCCGAAGCCAGGAUUAGACAGGGGAAAAAGUCCUUUUCCUGUUUUUGAAGACACAUGUGAUCCUGAUUCAUUUCAGAAGGACAUUCCUGUUGUUCUAAAUUUCUACCUAUUCAUUUUGAGCUUCUUGUGUGGUGUUCUCAACCUGCUGUGAUACAACCAGGGCUGCCCGUUGGAAUUGGCCGUCCUGCAUCAGACGUUCUGAUCUCUGGAGAAAUGUCUGAAGUCUGACUUUAGUGGAGCUCCAAAGGGGGAGGAACCUCACAGGAUGGUUUGACUUUGAAGAGAGAGUCAUCUACGCUCGUGUCCUGCAUCUUCUCUGCUGCAAAGAGAGAGAAGUCAUUGGUUUUCAGGAAGGAGAAGUAGACUGGUGUGGAAGUAAACCACCAGGUGUUGGAUGUGAGGGUUUCAUAUUCCACAGACCAGGGGAAAACCCUAAUUUUUUUUUACAAAGACUGAGGACUUUUCAAGCUUUUGUUCCACGUCAGUGUUACAACAUGGCUGGGAUGUAUGGAUGCUUCAAGGGCAGGAAAUGAAGCGGAGGAUGUCACCAUGGGGAGCCGGCUAUGGAAGUGGGCGCAGCAGUGACAGUGCUGCCAUGGCAUCAGGACCUCCAGAUGUGAUGGCCAAUCAGGAGCCUGCCGAGGUCCAGGAGGAGUGCUCAGGAAAGAAAAAGUCCAAGUUCCAGACGUUCAAAAAAUUCUUUGCCAGGAAGAAGAGAAAGGAGCCGUCAGCGGCUGGAGCAGAGGCGGGCCUUAAAGCCAGCCAAUCGAGCGACAAUGUCAGCAAAACAUCAGAGAACAACGCUCUCACCCGAGCAGAGAAGGAUAAGGGCUCUGGGUCAAAGAUCAGCCUGGGUAACAAGGCCUUGUCCCACGACUCUGUCUUUGUUUCUGACUCAUUGGAGGCCAACGAGGCUCUGGGGGCAUCUCAGGACAGCGUUCACGGGAAAGUGAAAUCACUACAGCUCCAGUUGAAACAGGCCAUCAGACUGGGCUCUCCUCCAUCCCUGAUGUGCGUGAAGCGGACAGAGGAUGCUGGAACCAUGUCUGAGGAUGAUGGUCUGCCCUGCAGUCCACCUGAAUACACCACUCUUCACACAGCCAUGAAUCAGGCUCAGAGGAACAGUUCCAUCAGUCUGGAGGGAAUAGAUAGUGACGACGACCAGCUGCCCUGUGCAGCCUCCAGCAGAGCGAUGAGCCCCCUGGUGGUUCCAGGAGACUUCAGUCAGCCGGCCAGUCCCUUCGGCUGUCUGGACAACUCUGCUGCCAAACACAAGCGAGGCCUGAGACUCAAAGCCUGCAACAAGAGGAAAGCUGCCAGUAAGCUGGAGGGGAAAAUGGAGGGAGACUCUGUGGUGGAUGAGAUGCUGAACACAUCUGUAACGGAUGCUGCGGAGGAGCAAGAAGAACAGAUGUCAGAAGCUGUAAGUUUUGAUGAGCUGAAACCAAAAGUGGAGAGGGAGGAGGAGGAAGAAGAAGAAGGAGAAGAAGACAUGGAGGAGGAGAAAGAACGAUCACAGCAUUCCAGACAAUCCCUGUUAAGAUAUAAGGAGGAGAGGGAGGAUGAGUCGGAGGCAGAACAGGAUGUUUCUCACAGCCCGGACAUUUCCUCUCCUCAUGAGCCAAGUCUGUCAGAGGAGGAAGCCCCCGACGCCCAGCCCCCGCCCUCCUCAGAGCCCAGCUCCAGAGACUCCUCUCUGCACAGUCCCAGAGCCACACCAGAGCCCCCUGCUGGCCCAAGAGAGUAUUUACUGGACCCUCCGGGUAUUGCCUACGGAGCAGAGAAGAGCAGGGUUGAAAGUGAGUUGGCACUGAGAGCAGAUGAAGAUGAAGUUCAGGAAAACGAUGAGGAGGAGGAGGAAGAGGAGGAGAGCUCGUUCCUACAGGAGGUACUGAGCUCCCUAAAAACUCCCCUCACGUCCUGCUCGCUGAGGUUAGAUACAGAAGACGACGUCAUGGAGAUGAAAGAGGAGACAAAUGAAAAGGAAAAAGAAGUUGUAGAGAUGGAAGAUGGGGAGAAGGUAGAGGAAGAGGAGGCAGAAGAGGAUGAGCCUGUCGGUUAUCAGGCUGCUCCCUCUCUAAUGUUGGGUCACCCCACCGAGAAAAAGGAAGAGGUUUCUGUUCUCUCCAUUGAAGAAGAAGUUGCUCCUGUUGAGGAAGAGGCAGAAAGUGAUGAAGAAGAAGAAGCAGCAGCAGCAGAAGAGGAAGAAGAAGAACUUGUUGUGGAACUAUUCAUUCCACAUAGUCAGGAAGAAGAAGAAGAAGCAGCAGCAGAGAAAGAGGACGUGGAGGAAGUUGAACCUGAAGAGGAAAAUGAUAUGCUCUCUAGAAAAUCUGAAAUCCAUGCUCAGGGAGAAAGACGAGAGGAAGAGGGUGAGAGAGAGGAGGAGGUGAUGGAGCUGGAGAAAGAGCCACAGGUGGAUGAUGAGGGAUCGGAGAAGAGGAGGAGGAGGAGGAGGAGGAGGGAAGGAAGUGAGUGCAAGAGUGGAGGAGGCAGAGAAGCAAUUGAAGAGGAGAGCGAGGAAGCAGAGGAGAUGAUGGAGAACCUCCCUGAUGCAGCAGCUGAAGAGGUUGGGAUCGCUAUGUCACUGCAGGAGAGAGAUGAAGGUGUAGAAGCUGUGGUCAGAGAUGACACCACUGAACACACAAGUGAUGAUGAAAUCCCGACAGAACUUGGUGAUCAAGUAGUUGACAAAGUGCAGGAGAGGGAAGAAAACUCGGAGAUAGUUGUGGAAGGGGAAGAGAUCGAGCUCUCAGAAGAAAAAUCAGACCGAGAGGACGACGUGGAAACCAAACAUCCUGAUGUGGAUGAAACUGAAGAAGAAAACAUAGAGGAAUUAUCCAGUAUAGACACGAAACAAGAGGAUCAAACUGAAGCCACAGCUACUGUUUCUGCUCGCCCUUCUUCUUUGUCUCUUCAGGACUUACCUCAUGAGACUCCGUCAGAAGAGAGCGGGGCUGUCUCUCCCAGUAAAACCAGCAUGAUCCACAUAAAUCUAGUCUCUCCCAGCUCAGAGAAAAGCCUAUCGUUCUUCCAGCAGUCUCCAGCUGCUGCAGAUAUCAACGACAACAUCACUGAGCCUCCUUCUCAUCUUGCAGCAGCCGCAGAAGAAGAAGAACAAGCUGACACCGUGGAGGAAGUAGAGGAAGAAAAACAGUCCGCCCUGGAAGAAGAAGUAGAAGAAGAAGCUACACCUCCUGCAUCUGUGGAGGAAACAGCCAACCGGCCAUCCAGUGGUUCCGAUCAGAGUAAAGUCCGCUUCACCAUCACGCCCGCCUGGCAGAGAUCUCAGAGUUUGACUCCUCCUUCCUCUCCACCCGCCGUCACCUCCUCUUCGACGUCUGCUGUCGCAGGACAUGGAGGUGAGGAGGUGGAAGCUGCAGUGAAGAAGGAUCCAGGUGUGAAAGCAGAGCCGACGAGUUCUCCCAAGGUUGACCUGGUGUUGAGUCCAGGCAGAGCGAGGAAUGCUGGGAGCACCGCCGUCAAACCGCAGAGCAACACAACAGCGUCUCCACCCUGCAUUAAACCUCAGGCCUCAGCUGCUGCGAGCACAGAAGAAAGCUCUGUCGUAGCGGAGGGAAACCCUGACAAUCCGUUCGGAGUCCGGCUGAGGAAGACGUCCACUCUUCACCUCUUCAGCUCAGAGGACGAAAACACAGAGUCUCCCAUCGAGUCUCCAAUUCAGCCAACCAGCUGUAAAGCUGAGCCUCCACAGCCAAUCGGUGUUAAGCCUUCCAUAAGUCAGCCAAUCAGUAACAAGCCUGUCCUUCCUAAGAAACCAGAUGUUCAUGGAGACAGUGGAGUUAAAACCAAGUGCAUCUCAGACCCAGCAGCAGCAGCUCGUGGUGGUUCUGGUGGAUCUGAUUCUCCCAGCUGGAUCUCUGUGGCCAAACAGAAACAGAGGAUCUAUAAAGAAAACUCACAGGAGGAGAUCACUGUCAAGAAGGACGAACCAGAGAGGAAGACUUCACUGCCAAUGCACGUCAGCUCAGUCGCAAGCAGGGAGCAGAGCAACAAAACAGCUGAGUCCAGCAGCAAAGAGAUGAGUAAACCUUCAGCGUCUGUAGAGAAGGAGACGAGGAGAGCGCUCUCUCCUCCAACUCCAGUGCCACCUCAACCUUCGAAAACCCAGUCACUGCCCUGUCCAGUUCCUCCAAAACCCCUCGUUCCACCUGCCGCAGCCAAACCUCCAGCCCAACCCACCCCAGCCCACAGACCCCUGCCCGCACCUACUCCGGCUCCUGUUCCCCACAAAUCUCCCUCUUGCACAAGCCCGCCAUCUCUCUCCAAACCUGCCCCCGUCUCACCUUCCUCCAAGGCACCCCAGCCCCAGAGUACGACAGUCCCCUCCACUCCUUUUGCAUCGAGAACCGCUCCAGAAAAGUCUGCUUCAAGAGCUGCAGGUCUCCCUGGACAGACCCCGUCCUCCCAGCGAGGCUUGCCCUCCGCCGCUUUGCCCCAGGACGAGCCCCCGUGGAUGGCGCUGGCUAAGAAAAAGGCCAAAGCCUGGAGUGAAAUGCCGCAGAUCGUCCAGUGACAGAGCAGGUUUAACUAAGUUUGUGUACUUGGGUCUUAACUGGCUCGAAAAGAGACCAGGAUCUGAAAGGGGGCUGAGGUGGACCGAGAGUCUGGAUGGACCAGAAUGCAUUUGCACACACAGAUUUGUUGUUUUUUAUUUUCUUAAACUCCUGGCGUCAGAUUUCCGAUUGGCCCUCCAAUCGCACAGCUAAAGACAGGCUUUGUUUACCCUCCUCUCUCUUUACGUCUGUAUUCUUGUGGAGACAUUUUCUACAGGACAGGGUAGGACCCCCAAAGUAACUGCGUCUUACUUGAAGUGGAUCCAAAUUGUUUGUUAGCAGUCUUAGAGAGAGGAGAGGAAAUACAUGAAGUCCCCCAGCAGUAAGUAUGAAUUUAUUUAAUCUAAAGUAACCCAAACUAUUCAACAUGAUGCCACGAAACAUUUCAGGGAAGCAGAGAAGGAGAAAAAGUAAGAGAGAGAGAGAAAGAAAGAAAGAAAGAGGACAUUUUAUCCACAGGAGGAAAACACAAAGUAAUAUUGGGGUUUAUUCAUUAAUUCUGUCUUAAGGACUGGACAGGAUGCUGUUUUUGUGUGUGUGUGUGUGUGUGUGUGUGUGUGUGUGUGUGUGUGUGUGUGUGUGUGUGUGUGUGUGUGUGUGUGUGUGUGUGUGUGUGUGUGUGUGUGUGUGUGUGUGUGUGUGUGUGUGUGUGUGUGUGUGUGUGUGAUUUUUAAGGCAGUGAUACGUGCUCACAUUUUGAGGAAUGUGGAAAAUAUUCUUGGCCUCAGAGUGCUAUGAGAUAACAUCCAAGUUAAGCUGUAGAAAAAUGUGCUGAACUAACAGCGGCUGGUCAUGGGUUUUGGUUAAGAAAAAUAAAAUCUGCAGAGCCUCAGUUUCUCUGUGUUUCAGGUUUUUUAGACAAAUAUAUUUCUUAUAACAUCAACCACAGAUACUAAACCAGUCAUGUUUGCUGUGUUAGCGAGCGCGCGUGUGUCCGACAUGUUUCAGGUUGUCAGUGUAAAUUAUAUUAUUCAUUUUCUCUUUUGAUAUUUUCAAUACAUAACAACAGGUUAUCUGUCAGCAUCCUGCAGAAAUCUAAAAUCUCCAAAACGUUGGAACGUUCAGGAACUCUCAGAAAAUCAACGAUUACUCUGACCUGUGUUUCUUUUUACUAUUUUUACUGCAUCAUCAUGUUGGCAGCGUGGUGUUUUUUAUAAGACGUUUUCCAUUCACAAACAUAAGCAUGUAAAUAAAUUGGAGACUGGUUUCCUGCAGGAUGCAAAUCAUCACUAAAGCAAAUGUCACAGCUGAUCGUUUCCUUUGUAUGAAUUAAAGCUAUGUAUCACACAGUAACUAUAUAUGUUUUAUGCAUUCUAUUUUGUAUUGCCUUUUGAGGACUUGUCUUGUACAUAAAAUGUGCAGUAAAGAACAAAUGAAAACA